CAAUGGCCCACAUAUUUACAUGCAAAUCCCAGGUAUAAAUAUAGACACAAAAGCUGCAUUUCUUUGUUUCAAAGCAUCUUUCGAGAGUUGGGGAAACUGAACUCAACUGUGAAAAGUUUAAAGAACUUGUAGUGUAAAUGAAAGGUGGUGGCGAUAAAAAUCAUCAGAACUUGGAAUUGCCGGCCGGUUUCAGGUUUCAUCCGACAGAUGAAGAGCUGGUGGUGCAUUACCUGUGCCGGAAAUGUGCAGGGCAGCCUCUUGAUGCUCCGAUUAUAGCUGAGAUUGAUCUCUACAAGUUUAACCCUUGGGACCUUCCAGGCAUGGCGCUGCACGGUGAAAAGGAAUGGUACUUCUUUUCUCCAAGAGACCGGAAAUACCCGAAUGGUUCCCGGCCGAACAGGGCCGCAGGAAAGGGAUAUUGGAAGGCCACUGGAGCAGAUAAGCCUUUGGGAAAGCCGAAGUCACUGGGAGUAAAGAAGGCUCUGGUUUUUUAUGCCGGAAAACCUCCUAAAGGAGUCAAAACCAAUUGGAUUAUGCAUGAAUACCGCUUAGCUAAUGUCGACAGAUCUGGGACCAAAAAGAACAAUUUGAGGCUUGAUGAUUGGGUAUUGUGUCGACUAUAUAACAAGAAACGUACUAUUGAAAAGCAUUACAACGUAGAUCAGAAGAUACUGGAGUUUACAAAUAUCAAAGAACAAAAUCCGGAAAUAGGCACAUGCCCGUAUAAUGGAAUGGUGAACCCGGUGGCACCACCGGUUCAAGAAUCACAAUCCAUGAUCGACUCAUUACAAACGACGAAGGAUUAUCUAUAUUUCGACACAUCCGAGUCAGUAACCAAGUUGCAUACCGAUUCGAGUAGUUCCUACCACCACGUAUUAUUGCCGGAGUUCACGUGCGAUAAGGAGGUCGAAAGUGCGCCGAAAUGGAGCGAUUUCGAGAAAUCCCUCAAUUAUCAGCUUAAUUAUGCGGAUGGUUUUCAAGAUUAUGAUUUUGCUUCACAAGUGCAAUAUGUAGACCAGCUCUCUCUGUUUCAAGACAUGCUCAUGUACAUGCAAAAAACCUCUGAUUGAGGGAUCAAAUUUAUUUGAGUUUGUCCUUGAAAUUAAUAGUAUUAUGUGCAAUUAUAAGCCAUGUAAUCCAAAACCUUGAUUAAUCUCUGUCCCCUCCUAAAGAAAAGAAAUGAAGGAUCAUUUAAAAAGUUAAAAA